CAGCAUUUGGUGGAAGAAGAAAAAAAAAAUAAUAAUGCCGCUGCUUCCCACAGCCAUCACUGCUCACGAGGCCCCGCCACCUGAUUGGCCGGUUUAGCCCACAUGACCAGGAAUUGGCUGCAAUUUCGUCCCAUAGUUGUUCAGUUUAGCUUAGCCAGGUCCCCACACGCUAGUAAUAUCACCAAUAUACACAAUUAUUAUAUCGACGCCGCAGCUGCGCCGCCGCCGCGAUCUGGAUCCUGCACCGCCGCCACAAUUUUUCCCUUUCUUUUCUAUUUUUGGAGAAGCCAUAUUGGGUCGUGUGCGUGCGCAGUGUGCGUGUUUAUGUAUCUUGUUUUGUUUUUUUGUGUGUGUUUUUUUUUUUAUUUUUUUGUUUUAUUUUGGGGAAGGAAUUGUUCCGGGGUCUCGCCACGUUUGUAGCUGAACCCGGUUUGUGGAAGCUAUGAAUUUUGAAUUUGAAAGGGAGAUUGGUUUUAUCAACAGCCAGCCAUCCCUAGCAGAGUGUCUGACGUCCUUCCCCGCCGCCCUGGAGUCAUUUCAAACUUCAUCAAUCAAGGAGUCGACAGUAAUUCCGCCUCCCUUCGAGCACACCAUCCCCAGCCUCAGCCCCUGCACAGCCAGCCAGCCGAGACCGGCAGCGAGGAGCCAGCAGAACCGAAGGAGCUCCGGCACCAAUGGCCUCCACACGCACCACAGAGGCGCACAGCAGCCCGGACCGCUGGGGCAGGCCGCCCCUUCCCCGGUCACGGCGGCCGCGGCGGGUCCACUGGCCCACGAGUUCCCCUGGAUGAAGGAGAAGAAAUCAUCCAAGAAGUGUUCCAAGCCCGGCGGCAGCAGCGGCGGCGGCGGCGGCAGCGGCGGCAACAGCAUCAACUCCGGCGGUGGAGGCUCCAUCAUCCCCCCCGCCUCAACAUCCCCGUCGCCGACCGCCUCCGGGUACGCCUCGGCAGGCAUCGAGUCACCCACAGACCCAAGCCAGGCGGCCCUGGACGGCGGUGGUGCCGGCUCUCGGCGCCUGAGAACGGCGUACACGAACACACAGCUGCUGGAGCUGGAGAAGGAGUUCCACUUCAACAAGUAUCUGUGCCGACCCAGGAGGGUGGAGAUCGCCGCGCUGCUGGACCUGACGGAGAGACAGGUCAAGGUUUGGUUCCAGAACCGGCGCAUGCAGCACGCCAGAGCCGUGGCCCCGACCCACGGGCGCGUGGGGGGCGCGGGCGGUGGCGGCGGAGGCCCAGAAGCCAGCGAUCCGGGCGGGUUCGAGCCGCUCGAAGGCGCAGAUGCCUCGUCUCCAUAUUCGAGUCAGCCACUGGAAGCAUCUGGAACAGGGGAGGACACGCUGGAGGGCGAGGGGGUCAGCGGUGAUCCAUCUUCGGCCGCCGCCUACGCCGCUGACAGCGGGGACAAUGCACAGCCCACGCCGGAGGAGGGAGGCGGGUUGAGCCGCCUCGAACGCCCACCGCUGCCUGCAGAAUCUGGCUCAUCUGACGUCGCCGCGGCGGGUCACUCCGCCACGAACUCCACCGACAACCCGGGCCUGGUGGAGGCCCCGGCCGCCGCCGCGGUGGCGUCAGCUCCCGAGCCUCCGUUCCCGGAGCAGAGGGACAUCUCCAUCACCUCCGCCGCUCCUGCCGCCUCCUUAUCCAGCUCCUCCGCGCUCCCGGACCUCACCUUCUUCGGCGGGGACGCGUGCCUGUCCCCCAGCCUGCAGAGCUCUCUGGACAGCCCGGUGGACUUCUCUGAGGAGGACUUCGACCUGUUCACGAGCACACUGUGCACCAUAGACCUGCAGCACCUCAACUUCUGAGGAGACCACGGUAGUUCUCGGUCAUAAGAAGUACAAUUUA